AUGGACCUGCAGCAGCCUACAGCCUCUACAUCUUCCAUCACAUCACAAAUCUCUCCUACCUCAUCAUCUUCAAAUGAAACGAAGCGACCAGUUGUGAUUUUGAGCCGAAGGGAGACCUUCUCGGCCUCGCAUCGGCUGCACGCUCCACAGCUCUCUGAGGAAGCCAACCGAGAGCUCUAUGGCAAGUGCAACAACCCCAACGGACAUGGGCACAACUACACCAUCGAAGUCCUCCUCAAAGGCCAGGUGGACGCGGUGACCGGAAUGGUGAUGAAUCUGGUGGAGCUUAAGCAGAUCAUGCACAAGGCCAUCCUCGAUCCUCUUGACCACAAGAAUCUGGAUAAGGACGUGGAGUGGUUCCGGGAUCGGGUGAGCACGACGGAGAACCUCGCCAUCUACUGCUGGCAGCGACUCACCGACCUUCUCUCCCCUCCAGGCCUGCUGCACGAAGUGCGAGUCCACGAGACCGAAAACAACGUGGUGAUCUACCGAGGCGAAUAA